AUGAUUGUUAUCAAACGUGCUGCUACUUCGAUAACAAGAAACAGAGAAUCCAUAAUACGAAAGAUAUGCGUGCGUAAAUAUUCGGAAACAAUGAAUUUUACGCUAGCCGCCGCGAACAAGGUAUUCUACGAUAGCGCCAACAUCCGGCAAGUAGAUGUCCCAUCCUUCAGUGGCUCAUUCGGCAUCCUUCCUAUGCACGUUCCAACACUCGCGAUUCUUCUUUCCGGGAUCGUUACUGUGAUUGAAAGCGACGGAAGCCUGAAACAGAUUUUCGUGUCUAGUGGAACCGUUACUAUUAAUCAAGAUGCGUCGGUCCAGGUCCUAGCAGAAGAAGCCCAUCCCAUUGAAGAUCUAGAUACUUCCAGAUGCCGCGAAAUUAUGUUAAAUGCACAAAACCAGCUAUCAGUUGCUGUAGGCCAGCAGGAAGUAGCCAAAGCAGAGAUUGUUCUUGAAGUAGCAGAGGCACUUGUGCGAGCGGCCGAAUGAAGUACAGAAGAGGCUGAUGUUACACUGUAUCGGCAUUUCACGGUCCAAACUGAAAAUAAAGAAUG